AGGGCAGCGAAUGUUGAGUAAAUAAUGGUAUCGACUUCUUCGAAAACUAGCACUAGUUGUUUGUUGAGGUAGUUCUUACCGACCCAAAAAUCUUUACCGACCCAAAUCUAGAACGCCUAUGAAAAAGCAACAACGUCGUGUUAAAUGCCAGAACUCUAUGCUUUAGGUGAAGUGUACUUUACUGGAGAUGUUGCAUAUUGUUUUUGUUCUGUAAAUAUCGUACUUCAGUCUGUACCUCAAAACUAAUUAUGCGUUCCCCUCCCCAAGUAUUCAAAGGAAAAUUGUCACAGAUGAUCUUAAGAAUCUGCCGCUGUUGCACCACCCAAGGUUUCGAUCAAAGACAAGGGAAGGAAUUUAGAUUUUGUUCUAUGGCGCACUGACCGACCCACUGAUUAGCGACCCCCCUCCCCAGCGACCGACGACCAAUCGAUCCACCAGCGACUGACCUACGAACGACCCAUCAAGCGAUCUACUUAUCAAGCGACCCAUCAUCAAGCGACCUAUCAAGCGAUACACCGACGACACACCGCCGAAUCACGGGCCCCAAAGCGGAAAACGCGUAGUUUGCGGUGGCCUGGUAAAUAAGGCGGAAAACGGGUUUGCGGUGGUACCCCCACCUACUCCACACUUCUUCUGGGGAAACUUCAUUUUUCCCCGGAAAGUAGAACCACUGUAACCAAAGUUUUAUUGUGUUGUACAACGACGUCGAUCGCGAUCGUAUUCGUACUUUGAGAUCGGCUCCGGCUUCGGCAAGAAUACUACAACAGCCAUGCCGGGAUCAGGUGGAGGCAGCGUUGACAACGAUAUGGGCCUCGCCGACGCCCUGAACAAGGUGCGGACCGCCUUGGGGUAUGCAUUGCAAAACAUCUACUUUGGGUCUGGAAGGAUGCAUGCAGCUUGGGGUCAUGCUACUUCAGCCUCCUUCACAAAAAAAACUUUUGUUGUAAGUUUUAUCCGGAUGGGAUGAAAAGCCGAUGCCCCGACCUUCUUGUUCCUAUCCAAGAAGUAGAGGCGGCGGUAAUAUUCUCAACAUGCGGGAUCAGGAUUAUAUAGCAUCAAGAAGGAUUUUAUUUUUAUUUUAUCUCGCAAAAUCUGUGUCUCCUGUGAUGCUUCUGCGUGCAUGACAAAAAAUCCAUGCAGCAUUCUUCCAGACACGACAGGCAUAUUUGCAUUUGACACGUCGCAAAACGGUUUUCUCGGACCAGGACCUAAUCUUCCAAUAACACUCCGGCACAAGUUAUCAAAAGGAAAAAUCCCCCCUCCCCAUAUCAAAACGGAAAUCUGUGAUGCAGAUUUGUUGUCACAAAUCAGCUUUGUCAUGCUACACAGGAAAAGAUGCGGACUGUAGUGCUAGGUGGCGUGGGGAAGCCUUGCAUCUUCAGCAUGAUAGGAGGCAGCUGAGAGUGGGAAACAGCAUGACAAAUUGCCUGCAAACGAGGCCACGACUGCGGCUCUUGGCCUUCUAGCAUGACGAGUCGAUUUGUGACCUCAAAUACAGCAUCACAAAUUUCGUUUUCGAUAUGGGGAGGGGGGAUUUUUCCUUUCGAUACAAGUUCAUGUUCUCGGCGCCGGAUCAGGUACUAUCAGAGUGCACAACCACUCCCCCUCCUGGUGAUCUCAUGGAUAAUUGCAUCGAGCACAGCAGCACCCACGAGUGCUAGCAAACAAAAUGAUACAGGAGGAGCCUUUGCAUGGCAAUAAAUAUAUUCAUUCUUGGUUGAACCAAGAAUGAAUAUAUUUGUACUACUGUAGUUCCUAGCUGGCUUCCUCGGGGGGAUGAUGAACCUGUCAUGGAUUAUAGUAGAAGUGGCAAGUAGAAGCAAUCGAUGGAGUACGUAGUUCACUAUAUUUUUUAGUGUCAUUUUGCAUUACAAAGAACCGGAGAUCAUGAACGAGGGAAAGUUGAUGUGCACCUUGAUAGAAGCUGGACGAAUCGGAACAAGAAGAUGAUGGGUCCCCGUCGCCGCCCCCCGGAUAUCCUGUGCAAAAGUAUCGUACCCGUAGUAAUCGCAGUCAUGCAUUACAAGUCUCUAUCCCAAGGCAAAACAGCAUGACAAAUUCAAUUUGUCAUGCUGAGCUAAUUUGUAUUGCAAUUACUACUAGUACGAUACUUUUGGAGUUCAUACCGAAGGCGAAGACAACCCACGAUUGAAAAACCUUCCGCGGAGACAGCAGGCAUUUUUGUUCUUGACGGAAAUCCACAAGAACAUGAUGGAGGCUAUGGGACUGCUCUCAAACGAUAGACAUUCUCAACGGUUUUUACAUGUUUUGUCAUGCAACAGCACCAUGAGAAAAUGCAAAAGCCCGAGCCGCCACGGCCACGCGCCUCCACUCGAUCAAGUUAUAACCCCGCAUGACAAAUUUUCGAAGGACGAAGCAGCAUCGAAACCUGUGCCAAUUUCGUGAUGCGAGAAUUGCAAGAGAAAGCUAUAUUGCCACGGCUUUUCACUGUUGUUGCUCCUGCAUCACAAAUUCAUAUUCGUGUCACAGUUGAGAAUGUAACGCUUGAGAUCCCAAUAGAGGACAUUGUGGCGGUGAGUCUCUUGCAGAACGAGAAGAUAGCCAAGGACAGGAAAAAGCACCAGAAAUUGGAGAAGAUAUCAUAUGGAAAAACGUCUGGAUCCCAUACUCAAAUCGGUAAAUCUGUAAAACAAAUCUCCAAGUUUUGGCAGUAGUUGUGCCUGACAAGCCUCCAUCUGUAGUGGAGCUUUUUUUUUAGCAAGGACAGCCGCAUGAUCACAAAGACGCUUGCUUACGUAUCCUGUCCACAUACAAAUCUUCCCAGAAAUAAACGACGACCACAUGCGGAUGCGCAUGCGGAUGCGCAUAUUAACAGAUCUUUCUGUAGGUGUAGAUACAAAAUCGAAAUCUGCAUGACAAGUAUGGGAUGCUGUAGGCCCCUUUUUUACAUAGGAUAGGAGAAGGCAGAAACAGAGAAAGCGGCAAAAGAGGCAGCGGAAGAAGAGGUAGCAACCUUGAAGAAGUCCAGGGAGAUCGAUUUACAGGAGCUCAUAUGCAUUGCAAAUAUGUCUGGGUCUGGAAAAUUGGAACUUGUAAUGCUAGCUUUUCAUUCCCAGGAAAUCUGUAUUGCAUAACCAACAAAAAAAUAAGUCCCAGCCUCUUUUGUCAUGCGAGAACGCAGUUUCUCAUGCGGCCUUCCUACGAGAAAGCGUUCUGGAAAGUUCUCAUGCUGGGCUGCGAUCGGAAUCGUUUCCAUCAUCCACAUUUUCGCAUCACAAGUUUCCAAACCCAGACAUAUUUGCAAUUGAUAGAUGACAAAGAGAGCCAAAAAUGAGAAAGCGUUGAAAAAAGACCUGGAACUCGUAUGACCUGCUCAAGAGUUACAAUCUCAAGCGUUACAAUAGAAUCUGGAAAUCUGUGAUGCAAGGAAUGCAUGAUCUAGCCAAUUUCAUAGGACUGCGCAUGACAAGUUCCGGAGUCCCAAACCGCACUACAAUCUGGCGAAAUUUGUAUUGCAGAAAGUGGCGCGGUCGGCGAGUCUGUCAUGCUCAUGAUACAAGACAAAUCCCGCUUUCUAUUGUAACGUUUGAGAUUGUAAAAACACCUGAGCGGGUUAUAACUUGCGCAAAAGCACCGGGAGACAAUGAGGGUGGACGUGAAAGACGCGACCGCAAUGAGCCAACACGAGAAGGCUGAGGCAGAAAAGGCAAAGCACGAGAAGAUGCUUGCCGAGAAAGCGUGCAAGGAGAAAGAUCUGCAGAUGAAGGAGCUUCGAGAACAUUUUGAACAGGAGCUGGAGGACGCCCGUAAAGAGAUAAAAACGCUCAAAGAGCUGCAGCAAAAGCGAGGUGGCCAGAAUCAGGAACAAAAUGGCGUGAGUCUCAGCAAAGAGCAGCAAAAGCAAAAACCGAAUCAGGAACAAAAUGCCGACGUCAGUCAAAAUAAUCGCCAAAGUGGUGGACCAAGUGCGUCUUCAAGUACAACUGCACAGAAUAAUAAAGUUGCUAGCUCCACCGUUACAACAAAACCGUUAGAAUCUUCGGGCAAUGACAGCACCGCGGUUGCGGUGGGCAAAACUACCGGCACGGCGAAAAAACCAAAAUCGUCGAAGAAAUUGGGGGGCAACGGCAGCACGGCGGUUCCUCCGGCGCCCGGCGCGGCGGUCGUGCAGGAGAAAUACCCGGAUCACCAGGCCAAGCAGAAGCAGCAUCAGAAAGCGAAGUCGGAGGGGGCUCUUCUCAGCGCGACCCAAACAGAACAAGUCAAUACGACGAACAAGAAACAGAAACGCGCGAACAACGAGGACACCGUCGCCGAUUCCGACCCGACAAAGCGCCGCCGGCGUGAAGAUGCUACCCUGCUGGAAAAACAGAAAGAACCUUAUGUCCUGCUGAACAAGGACGUUCUGGACGACGAGGAUGAACCGGAACUCCUGCAAGGACGUGAGGAGAACAAGGCAUCAUCUUCUGCACUGCUUAUAAAGAAUACCAGCGCGACUGGACCCCCGCCCCACGAUGACGACAAGAACGCGGAGGAGAUGAACGUGGCGACGGAUCUAGUGGUCAAGCAAACUUCUUCUAUGGCGGCGACGGAUCUAGUGGUCAAGAAAAAGAAGAAGAAAAAGAAAAAUAUUGACGGUAAGGAAGGUGAAGAUGCGAACGGUGCCCCCGCGUUUUCGAGGACUUCAUUUUACUUGAACAAAGACAACGGUAAGUGUAAGGAGUUUUGGCAUUGUUCAAGAACAAAUAGCAUGUUACCCCCGUCUGGCUACUUACUUUAAUACCGCCCUUCUUUUUUUUUGAAUUUUUAUUUCUUGUGUUUGAAAUCCUCAUCGAUUCAAGUUCAUUCCAUUCCACCGUGGGGGCGGGAAGAUCUUCCCAUGUUGGGCCACGUCCUUGCGGUUUAUAGUAUAAUGAUAAAACGGGAUGAGCGUCCACAUCCAAAAUUUGAAAGAAUGCUAAAGGGAUCUUCACGCUCCUAACAGCAACACUGGUGAAUAAGUUUGAAAACUACAGUGAGCAGACAGAACAUCACCAUCAUCAACUUCGGGCUACUGAUCGCGGUGAUGAACUACCAUUCACAGGUACAAGCGCCGAAGCUGCAGCUGGCACAGGCCACGGGUCCGGAUCGGCUGCGGAAACUUCGAAUUUUCUUGGGCCAGUGGCUGCAUUAUGUAUUGUAAAUAUGUCUGGGUCUGGAAAGAGUGGGACUUGUGUGUGAUCCUAAUUUUCGACCAUACAAAAACCUGCGUUGCAUGAGCAGCAAAAAGUACCCAGGUUCGAGCCACCCAGAGACGUCAUUUCUGAUGCAGGGUCAUAGGCAUUAGCCUCAGCAAACUUGCUUCGCGAUGAAAGCUGUGAAGAUGCUAGAGCAUGUAUGCAACAUCAAAGGCGGUCAUCAUGUACAAUUUGCAUGAGAAUAAAGAUCCUCAGUUUAUUUCUAGACCCAGACAUAGUUGUUCCAGUGGAUAUAAUGCAGGGAGUAGGCCAAGCGUCACCGCUCAACUGGCGGCGCAGCUCCGGGCGCAACUAGCUCAGAGAGCAGCAGAUAACGCAAGCGGUACAACCGGAGCUGCCAGCAGCAGUUCGAAGCUGGCGAAGGUGGUAUUUUUCGUCACUUGAAUAGAACAUAGAAAGGUUCUUUUUACGGAGCACGCGAGAUUCAUGAUGCGAAUAAAUGUAAAAAUAUAUAGAUUGGCACUGCGAUGUCCCCAGGAGCAUGAGCUGUACAGAACUUCUACUCCGCAGCGGAAAAAUCAAAACGGAGAAAUACGAGCAGAUCUUCAAGGCCAAUUCUACAUCUGUAUGCUAUCCUGCAGCUUUCUUUGGCUUCUUGAAAUGAAUAUGAUUUUCUCGGUCGUAAUGCCGAACAAGCUUACUAGUAUAAGCGAUUUAUCUUUGUGAGCGAGCAGACGAGAAGAAAUCCCAAUCCAAUUAUCUAGGUACAUCGGUCCAGAAGAUGUUGUUUUCUCAGACAAAAAUUAUAGAUUCCACCAUGACCAUAUAAUUACGCAUAGGCAUACGUCGUUUUCUGUAUAGCAAUAGAAAGAAUUUCAAAGGCGUGCUGAUGUUCUAGUUGCCCCACCUGAUGAAAUGCUUGCAUUCGUAUUUAUCUAUUCGUAUACAGUUACAACGACACGACACCCAGGUUGUUCCUCCUCCGCUAGUCGCUCCAGCAGCAGCGAGUAGCUCCGCAGCUAGCUCAAGCAGCAGCUCUAAGCUGGCAGCGCCAAGCGGUACAACCGGAGGUGCCAGCAGCAGCUCCUCGAAGGCAAAAGUAGUACUUUUUUAUUUUCUUCUGUCAUUUGAAUUUGGAAUGAAGAGUGUUUUUUGUGUGCGAACAAAAGAAAAAUUUCAAAAACCGUACAGAUGCUCUAGUUGCGCAACCUGAUCAUCAAAUGCUCUAUUCGUACCUAUUCUUUCACAACUACACGACACCCAGGUUGUUCCUCCUCCCAGCGCUGGUCCUGCGUCUUUACCUGCGGCACAAGCGUUUGGAAACCUCCUGUCUGGUCCUGCUGCGUCUAACAAAAAAGGCAAGAAGAAGCUGCAAAAAGCGGGUACUGCUUACAGCGACGUUUACUACUUAUGUGUUCGAUUUGUUCUCGUAGUUUAAUUCCGUAGUUUUUUUAUUGGUGUGGAAAGAAUAAAAGGUGGAGCUGCACAUGAUUAUAGUAACGUGGCUCGAAUAAAAAUCAAAAUUGAAAUGUGUACUAGUAAGUAACCAACGAGGACUCAAAUUCAUCGAUCCAAGAAGAUGAAUCUCUUCUGCAGGCAACAUUUUUCAACCAACGCUUGCCACUUCAGGUGCCGCGAAAUCGGACAUGAGCAUCGCAGCGACUGACGUUGAGGAGGAUCAAGAUGCUGAUGGAGAUGCGGAUAGCAAGAAUCAGAAUGCGAUGAAGAAAAAGAAGAUAUCCUGUAUGAAAACGUCCCCAUCAUCUUCCCAUACGUCAAGUUGGGAAAUCUGCAAGACAAACAACUAAGGUCGUGUUAGUUUUAUGCAUUUUUGCAAAAGCCUCGUUCGGAAAUGGGGAUUUACCUGAAGAACAAGACUUGUAAUGCGUGAUUGCAAUUAGAAUUACUACAAGGGGGAGUGCCAUACUUUUGCACAGGAUAUUAAGUUUGCUUCUGUUGCGCACCACGAGUUCUUUCCGCUCGCAAUGAAUUCCCGUUCAGCUACGGGAGCAGCAUGACAAAUCUAGGUUCUCGUGCUGAUUCGAGCAUCACAAAUUUCCAACUAGCACUGGAAAGUCCGCAUGAGAUGAGACAUUUUGAGCAUGCAGACCUCUAUGACAUCACACAAAACUAUGGGAUGGGGAUGUUUUUCCGAAGGAUACACGAAAUCCAGAGUGUCGACCGUGGAAAAGAUUCGGAUCAUGAAUUAUGCAUUGCAAAAGUACUAUCGUACUCGUAGUAACGGCAAUCAUGCAUAUACAAAUCUACUCCUCGAGAUAAAUCUGCAUUUACAAAUUUCAUUUUAUUUUUCUCAUGCUGGAGAAAUUUGCCAUGCGAGUUCUACUAGUACGAUACUUUUGCAAUGCAUAUGAAUGACUUAUACCAGAUGUGUUCGAACACUACCUUAUCAUGUCUAAAAAAGGUCCCGACCGGGAGUUGUAAUCGAGAUUUGCAAUGACCACAGGAAGAGGAACUGAAGAUGUGUGAUGCGCAUCGGCAUGCUAGCUAUUUUCAAUUGUGUUUUGAAUAAUUUAGAAUUUGUAAUACUGUAAACAGCAUGAGCAGAUGGAUUUGUAAAUGCGGGCGUCCUUGCUUUUCCUUUUGCUAACCUGCACUACAAUAUCGACCGCAUUUUAUCAUGUGUGCAUCCCAUAGCCUUGAGGCUUGUGUUGCAGAAAUCCCAUUUUAAAUCUGGGUUCCUCGUGGGGCCGUUUUUACACAGGAUAAACUUGGCAGGCGCUGUGGGAAAAAGGAACGACACCUCUUGCCCUAGCAGGGGCGAAAAUCGUGUUCUGCAACGGGGGCAACAUUCUCCGUCUCGGCACUUUUGAUAAUUCCUGCAAGCACGUAUCAAAUGCCAAUAUGUCUGGGUCUGGAAGGAUCCGAACUUGUGAAGCGUGUUUCGGAUCAUACAAAGAUCUGUGAUGCAUAACCAACGUGCAAAGAGGGCAUUUCUCGGUGCCCACUCCUCACCAUGCUGAGAGGGCGUUUCUCAUGCAGAACACGCAUCACCAAGGAGCUGCAGAACCUGUGAUGCUAGGCCCUGCAUUCCAGACGUGGGGGAGCUUGGAAAAACUGCAUGACAAAACUCGGAAUCCCCCAGACCCAGACAUUUUUGCAGUUGAUAGCACAUCUGGAAAAACCAGUGCGAGGACGUUCCGGGGCUGGUCCGGGAGCAUAGACUUGAUUUGAAUGACGACUUAUCCUGUACAAAAGUAUCGUACUCGUAUAAGUGCAAGUCUUGCAUAUACAAAUCUUGCUCUUAAGGUAAAUCCGCAUAUACUAUUACAAGUUUUAUUUCUCAUGCUGAGGAAAUUUGUAAUGCAUUUAUACGAGUACGAUACUUUUGCAAUGCAUACCACUGCUGUUUGAACAACGCCGGGUCAAAGCUAUUGAUGACGAAGGACGAAGGAAUAUCCUGUGUAAAAUCGUCCCCAGCCCAGAGUUGUCAUGCAAAUGCGCAAUGACAGGAGCAUCUGCAAUGCGCAUCUCCAUGAGAGGCAUUUCCAAUCGUGUUUUGGCAUUUGUAAUGCUGAUGUAAACAGCAUGAGAAAAUAGCUUUCUCAUGCGGCUUCCCUUGCUAAGCAGCACAACACUGUAGAUGGAAACUUGUCAUGCACAACUCCCAAAGCUUGGAGAUUUGUGCUGCAGAUUUACCAACUUGACUAUGGGGUGGGGACGUUUUUGCUCAGCAUAAGGAACCUACGGGGCGAGGCCGGACAUUAUAGACGACGACGAGGACCCGAUCCGCAUCGUCUCCGUGGAUGUCCCCAAGGAGCUGGAUGAAUCGCCGAGCCAGAACGACGUUCUCACACUGCAAAUGAGGAUGAAGCUAAACAAAGAAAAAGAGAAGGAGCGUACAAACGAACUGCGGACCGUCGCGAAUAAAGUGAAGAGCGGUAAAAAGAUCAAACGCUUUUCCUUGCACCAGCGCAAAUCUGUGGUGGACGGUCUAACGCCGACUGUAUGAGAGUGCACAACUACCCUUUCCCCUCAUUUGUAGAACUAUGGCAUAAACAGCAAGACAAACACAAGCACGCAUGGAGCCUACGCGUGACAAAUUUAUGGAACUCGUGUAGUACUGUUUGGGUUCUUUCCAGAAUCUGUCAUGCAAACAGUGCCAACGGGCAGGGUUACUGUAUUUGGGAUUUCAUUGCCUGACAGAUGAGGGGGACGAGGGGGACCUGUGCACUUUGAUAGGCUGGCUCAGGUUUCUACGACGUGCCGGUCAUAUCCUGUGCAAAAGUAUCGUACUCGUAUUGCAGUCAUGCAUCAUAAAUCUUUUUCUCAAGGUAAAUCCGCAUUACAAAUUUUAUUUCUCAUGCUGGGAAAAUUUGUAAUGCAUUUAUACGAAUACGAUACUUUUGCAAUGCAGAGGUCACAUUCUACUUCAAGGAGUUAAGGAGGGGAAAUGAGUGAUCAUCUUCCCGGCUGCUGCUAGUCCCAAGAAAAAAGUUAACCUGUCUUGCGGAUUCGCCUAGAAAGCUUUUUGUUUUUUUCUGAUGCAAACUGCCCAGCAAAAAUCACUCCAGACCGCAUGGUCAUGGAAUGGAGUGGCUUUUGGUGUCAGUGUGCUCUACUUUGCAUGACAAAUCUUCAGGAGGAGAUAGCAAAUCCGCAUGACAGUAGGCUGCGACUUUCGAUAAGAGAAAGUAGCAACACUCCCUAAGAUCAUCACUCACUUGCUCUCUAUAGGAAAAGCGGAAGAAGAGAAGAGUUCUAGGCGAGGAUCCUGACGACCCAAUGAUAGUGAUCCCUGAAAAGGCGAACCGCAAGAAAGCCCAUGCGAGAUGGGGGGAACCGCUCAAAUACCGAUUCAAGCAUCCUUUUUCCAAAGAUCGCUCGGGCCCGAGCUUUCAGCGGUACGGCAAUUCUUCGGAGGGAAGCUCAUCGUCAUCUACUUCCUCCUAUGCCUUGCAACAGUAUCGUACUCGUAUAAAUGCAUAUAUAAAUUUCCUCAGCAUGAGAAAUAAAAUUUGUAUAUGCAGAUUUGCCUUGGAAACAAGAUUUGUAAUGCAAGAGUUGCAUUUGUACGAUUACGAUACUUUUGCACAGGAUACCUCCGACUCCGAGGAUGACGAGGACUCCGAGGACGAUGAAGACGGCUCUAUCGCAAGAAAAAAAACUGUUUCACUGUAUUAAAAAACUACUUGUAAUGCAGAAAAUCUAUCUCAGAGGACGCGCUUGUCUUGCUACACAUGCAAGACAAUGGAAUUUUCGUGGUGUUUUCCCUUGGAGAUCUCGCAUGGCAAAUUUUCUCGUCCGUCAUGCAGAACAAACUUGUGAUGCAAAACUUGCAAAAUCCUUACAGUGAAGGUACACUUUUUUCGUACGAUAGGCUUUAAAUCCAGUGCCAAAAAUGCCAGACCCUUGUCGUCGUCGCCUAGAAACAAGUCAAAGGCUCCGUUUAUCAAAUGUAAAAAUGUCUGGGUCUGGAAGAAUGCAACCUGUCAUGCUAAGUCUGAAGUAUGCAAAAAUCUGUGUUGCAUGAUUACCAAAAGUGACGUCCUCGUCCAGUUUUGACCAAGUCGCGAGGGAGUUUCUCAUGCAGGAUAGGCAGAGAGAGAUCAUCGCACAGAAUCUGUCAUGCUAGGUCCUGCAUUCCAGACCUCAUGGGUCAUGGAAAAGCUGCGUGACAAUAAAUCGCGCACUCUUCCAGACGCAGACAUUUUUACAUUUGAUGCGGUUAUCUUCGCCGGAUCCGGAACUGAAGAUCGGAAUCAACUACUGCGGAAUAAACUACCAGAAAGAGGAAAAUGAUUCCAAUUCUGGGUCUUCCUCCUACGAUGACCCAUUAUACAUGCGGUUCAACGACAACAGCAUGUUUAUGGGAUUGUCCUCAAACGUUUUUACAUUCUCAGCUGUUCGUCCAUGAAUACUUAUGUUGAGCUUAAUAUCAUGCGAAACACAGCUUGAUGUGGAUCAUGUGGUGGUCGACAGUACUAUUGAUGGCGAGGACUCUAUCGCCUUACAAAUUCAUGGAACAACAUAUGAACUGCAAAAGUAUCGUACUCGCAUGACAAAUUUUCUGGGCAUGAGAAAGGAAAGUUGUAAAAUGCAAAUGUGCCUGAAGAAAAAGAUUUGUAACGCAUGAUUGCAAUACGAAUACAAUACAAUACUUUUGCACAGGAUACAACAGCGGAGCAAGCAAAUGUUUGAGGACGCCAUAAAAUACAGGAAAAUGGAGAAAAAGGAGGACUAUGCCCUGCAAAAAUCCCUGGAUGUCUGGAAGGUUGGAACUUGUCGCACUAAAUCUGAAUUACGCAAAAGGAAAAAUUUGUGUUGCAUGAUUACCAAGAAAUGAUGUCCGCUUUUGAUCAAGUUGAGAGGCAAUUUCUCAUGCAGGAUAGGCAUGCUAGUGAUCAUCUCACGGGAUCUGUCAUGCUAAGUCGUCCAUUACAGAUCAUAUGGGUCAUGGAAAACCUGGAUGACAAGUCGAGCAAAGUUCCAGUAGUAUAAGUAGUAAUAGUUAGUUCCACCGGUGGACAUAUUAGCAUGUUUAAUCUCUCUCUACAUAGUGCAUACUUUUAUUUUCUUUCUUCAAAAAGUUCAAGUCGUUCUCUUCCCUGUGCUGUACCAAGGUCUUGUUUCCAGACAAAACACCAGACUUUUUUGCAGUUGAUAAGGACAAACUUCCAGUAGGGACCGCCAGCACAAACACCGGCAAUGAGAAGAACAAGAUGAGCGGGGGGCAGCUGUCCAAACUUCCAGUAGGGACCAGCACGACCACCGCCACCGGCAAUGAGAAGAAAAUGCCCUCUGGUGUUCAUCAAGGAGAUCGGGAGGAAAACAAAAGAACAGUGACUACACGACCACGACGCGAGAGUACGUUCGUGAACAUCCCAGUAAGCGAGGUAGGUCGUGGUUCCCGUUGAGGACAACCGAAGAUGGACAACACAGAGAAUAAAGCGCGACAUCAAGUUGGUGCAGUGGUCGUUCUCUUUCUAAUCUGGAAUGAUCCCAUAACUACACAGCACUUUCUACAUCUUCUCCUUGUCAUCAACAUCACUUUUUGAAAAUGAUACGGAAAUAUGAAUGAAGUAAAAUCAGAGUCUACAACUUGGAAGAAGCGCAUGCAUUUGUCAAGUAGAUGCAGAGGGUGGUUUUAUAGACGUUCAUAAUCAACAGAGAAACAUACUCAUUUGACACGAAAUUUUUGAUUUUUAGAUACCUUUCGUUCGAUGCUGACACGAACGAUCUGAUGUGAGUGCUAAAAUUUGGAUUUUUUAGGUCCUCGAACAGUUGACGCCAUGUCCAGGCAUGGAAAGAAAGAAGCACAUACACAAGAAAAAAACAGUACGUGUACGACAGUAGCAACAAGCAAAAAGCGUAAGACAGGCCCGCAGCGGCUUGCAGCGUAGAACAGAGAAGUAAGCGACAAGUAAGAUGAAAGUUAAAAACUCAAAAUAAAAACAACAGUUCCUUCAGGCUCGUAACUUGAAAAACACGACUAGACUUCAACUUUUCAGACCAGCACUACUUUCUUUUUCAAACUACGAAGAGCACAGACGGCCAGCUGUGACACUGCAGCCGAAACAGGCCUGCAGAGGGCCGUCGCGGGUCGCUCUGCAGCACUGCUUUCGAAACGCUUGGCGUGUGCUGUUUUAAGUACUACGAAGCAAAAGAAGCGACGCAAUGUCACAAACCCGCAGCAAUCCCGCAGACAUUGCUCUUACCGGCCGUCUCGGCUUUUUAUUCUCCACAGCUUCACAAGUAUAGAGAAGAAGUAGUACGUAGACAGGCCCACAACGACCUGCAGCGUUCGUAGGCGACAAGCAAGAUGAAAAGCAAAAAACUUAAAUGAAAAAAAACAGUUCCUUCAAGCACAAACUCCAAAUUUUUACCUUGCAACUGCGAAAAACAGGACUACAGUGCAACUUUUAGAGCAGCACUGCUUUGUGACCUUCCCAACUUUUCAGUAGACUUUUAACUUUCAAUACCGACAUCGUAACUUUUCAACAACUUCUAUUUUUCUCGUCUCAACUUUCAGACUUUAUCUUUUCCUUCAACAAGAGCGCUUUACUUGUCAAAAACGUCUUUCAGAGUUUUACGUUUAGUUUUCAAAAUAGUAGUAUCGCUUUCUUUUGCCAGGUUCGUGUAGUUGUCCUGCAGAAAAAGGUUUUUCUAUAAGGGUCCAAGCCACAAGCACAAGUUGCUUGCCCAGCUUGUCUUUUUGUUGAAGUAGCGCUAGCCACGUGAGAGAAAGCAAAAAACUUUCAAGCGGUUCCACGUGACCACUCACAACAAACAAACAACAAGCAGUACGUAUCACGAAUUUUCACUAACGAUAUUUAGCAUGGAAAUAUUGUAGGAAAACGAAAAAAACGCAAAACUUAAUGAAGCGCUUGAGACAGAAAAAAAACUACUUCUACCGGGAAAAAAUUCCCUGGGGUCAGGCAUGUUGUUGCACUCCGCGCAUGCAAGCCUUUUUGACAUUUUUCCCUUCGCAGACACAUGAGAUAGAAAAUAGGAAUUGAAGCAGUGGCCGGGGCGCUUGUCCAUGCCUAGACAUUCAGAGGCUCAUAGUAGGCUUCGACGCUAUUAUUCGCACAGCAGAAAUAAAAACUCAAAACACAAAAAAAGACUACGGCAGUUCCGCCUUUAACGUUUCGAAAUUUACUUGAUGCUUUUCACUAUACUCUACUAGUAGUCACACCGUGUCUCUCUCCGAAAAUGCUUACCUCUGCUUUACGCCUCGGCGUAGCUGACGCAAGUUGCGAGUUCAGAUUUUUGUAUUGAACGCAAGAAAAAGAAGUAGCUAAGAUCCCAAAGAUUACGCUUAGGCCACACAAAGAAACAAGCAAGUUAGACGAUCGGAACCCGAACACAAAAACUAAAAAUCCACUACUACGACGGUCGAGCUGAUGAAGAUUUGUUUCGCGCCAAAAAACGAAAUGCGUAGCUUUGUCUUGCUACAGGUGACAGGAGGAAUAAGCAGCAGUCAUUAAAAGACUAAAAAGAUUGCAUCUCUAGCGAAUGACAAUGGCUCGUAUGCAUGUUGUCCGUCGUAUAAGUAUCGUUAUGUGCAAGUCCUGUCUUCGUUUGCUUUAGUGAAUACAAAGUGUCUCCGGAAAAUAGUAAGUGAAGCAGUUGUGGCCGGAGUUGCGCUGCCACGCAAUUCCAAUUGAAAAACAGAAAUACAUGCGUUUUCUUCUCGCUUGAAAAACAGAGACUGGGGAAAUAUGAUGGUGCAAAACUGAGAGAAAACGAACUC